GGCCCGGAAACGUCUGGCCCGGGCGGGGCGGGGCGAACCGGCCGGUGGCUGGCCUCGGCUUUGCAUAGCAAUGCCCGGCUUUGCAUAAGCAAUGCAGACUGGCAUUUAAAGGCCCGCGGCCGUCACCAGGGAUCUUGUAGUUAACUCCGUGCAGACCCAUCCUUCGCGAUGCAGCCCCUGUUGCAGGCUCCGCUGCUGCUGGCCCUAGGCUUGCUUCUCGCUGGCCCUGCGGCCCCUGCGCACGUCCACCUGAAGCAGCUUAGUAGCUUCUCCUGGGAUAACUGUGACGAAGGGAAGGACCCUGCGGUGAUCAAAAGCCUGACUCUGGAGCCUGACCCCAUAGUCGUUCCUGGGAAUGUGACCAUCAGUGCCAAUGGCAAGACCAGUGUCGCCCUCACUUCUCCUCUGAAGGUGGAAUUAACUGUGGAGAAGGAAGUGGCUGGCUUCUGGGUCAAAAUCCCCUGCGUGGAACAGAUUGGCAGCUGUACAUAUGAAGACUUCUGUGAUGUGCUUGAUACUAUUAUUCCCCCUGGGGAGCCCUGCCCAGAGCCCUUGCACACCUACGGGCUUCCCUGCCACUGUCCCUUCAAAGAUGGCACCUACUCACUGCCCAAGAGUGAUUUCACCGUGCCUGACCUGGAGCUGCCCAGCUGGCUCAGCACCGGGAACUACCGCAUCGAGAGCAUCCUGAGCAGCGACGGGAGCCGUCUGGCCUGCGUCAAGAUUGCCGCCUCUCUAAAGGGCAAAUAACGGGGCACCAGCCACACCAGAGUGAAAGGGUAGAGGAAGGUCUCUCUUCCUCUGUCUUGUGUUUGCCAAGGCCAAAUUCUGACUCUGCCCUUCUCCAGCUCCUUUCUACAAUGAUCUGCUACCCUCACUGAAAAUCAUCUUGCGUCACUUACAUUUUAGGCUGGGGCAAGCAGCCCUGAUCUAAUGGAGGUCCAGUCUGGCAGCUCUUGAUAGCCCAGGACAUCUGCUGGGCGAGCCAUGUCACUUCCCCCACCUCUGUGGCUUUCUUUCUAAAGAGCUUCAUUCGUUUCCCAAACAGUCAAGGAAUGGGAACCCAUGUGUCUUGGGACAUCAAAACAGUUUAGACUGACCUAGUCUCGGCCUCCUGAAGUACCUUUAUGACUUUCUUUUUUACUGGUUACUAACUUAAAGUGAGAGUAUUAACAUUUUCGUUCUACUCCAGCCCCCUUUUACAAUGGAGAGCCUUAAGUAGUUGAUCUUAGUCUGGUCCUCCAUUAAUUUCUGUGAUUAAUUUUGAUUUCUUUUCUAGGUUUGCCCAAUUAACACCGGCGCCCAAUGUGUGCUGGAGAGGCAGGGUGUGUGCGGGAAGUCCCUUGGGGGAGAUAUUUAGGAACUCGUUUACAAACUCAGGUGCCGCAGGGUCAAACAAGAGACUUCAGUGAGUGACGAGGACUACUAGAAACACGUUUCCUCUUUUUUGGAUAAAGAUAAUACAUACAAUGGAUACAGUAAAUACUUCUCAUACUACACAAAAAGCUGGAGCACAUAUGCAUUGAUACCAGGCAGCCAAGCCCGGGCUCCGGCUGUGUCUAAUUAAGGAUGGCAAGGACUGGGAUAAUUUGGAGAGUACACAGCCAGUUCGUAAGGAUGACCCAGCUAUAAGCAGGCAGUGCCAUGUAAAAAUGCUGUGGGCCUAGUAUUGCCAAAUAGUCUCAACUUUUUCUCCAAGAGAAGCCAAAAAUCCAGAUUUUUAUAUGAAAUCUUACAAUUUUUAAACAUUGGCAGCUAAUUUUUUUUUUUUAACACUGUGGGCCAAAGGGGCCAAAUGGACAUGUUGGUGGGGAAAUUUGGCUCGUGGGUAUCCAGUUUGCAACCUCUGAUCUAAGACCGUGCACACCUUGUCCUCUCAAGACAACUCCUGGCACCAUUUCUCCCUCCAUAGGGCCAAAUCCAUAGUUUCUGGCUCCUAGGAGAAGGCUCUUCCAGUGCCAGGGGAGGUGCAGGCGGCCUCUCAGCUCUGAGCUGUAGGGAUCCCAGGGCUGCCUGCCCCAGCCUUGGAGACCCGUCAGGGUGAAUGGCGCAGAUACGGAAGAGUUGGCCCCACAGGCAGAUGCUCUGCGGGGUGCAACGAAGAGAGGGUGACUCGAUGUCAGUCUGCCUGGAUUUGUCCACUACCCUGUCAUGCCAUGACAACUUCCUGAACCACACACCAGCCCGGCAUUCUGGGCUCAUCUGAAGCCUGGAAUGGCAAUAAAUCUUUUUAACUUGCUGAGAA